AUGGAUACAGAAGUUUGGUACAAACCUGGAAAGAUAAGUAUCUCUGAAAGGUUCAUCCAUUCAGGAACAAAGGCCCUUAACAAUACAGAUUAUCCACACUACUGUGAUCUCUUAAGAAAAAUCAACAUGCCUUUUGUGAAAGGAUUUGAGGACAGACAUAAUUAUGGCAGAUUUGAAAAUAAAUACAACCCUACCUUUCUUAAGUUUCAUCCUUAUCCCCCUUCGGUCCUGCCAGACUAUCAUUUGCACUAUCCCUAUCCCCCGCCAUAUGGGCCGGAUUAUCCAUUAUUUCCACUGCGGGAUGAUGUGCCCUUAAGUGAUUCCUGUUCAAUGUUUAUGAGUCCUGGUGGUGAUGCUGAUUUAAAGCCUGGCAUUGGCAGAACCAUACCAAACCUGGUUGAUUUCAGUGAUGUGAAACCUCAACAUCGAGUUCCUAGACCAGACACAGGAUUUCAAACAACAAUAAAAAGGCAUAAAAUUCUAUCAGAAGAACUGCAACAGGACAGGAGAUGGAAUUCCAGAGAAGUAUCGGACACCUCCAUCAGAGCAAGGCUUGGAGGUUGGACGAGCCCAGUGAAAGUUACUCCUGUACAACCACAUCAUGAAGGCUGUUCAGUAAACCACGCAUACUCAUUUGAUGAGGAGGCAGAGUACACAGAUGACCACAAGCCACUUGUUCAACCAAACAAAAAGUAUGAUGCAAAGGACUCAUUUUACAAGUCUUCCACACAGAAAGCUUAUGAAGUUGUUCCUUGGGACAAGAUGCUGCCACCAAAACUUGAUCCAGAAGAAACAACAGUGGAAAAGGCUGCUGACCCCCUCUCACAGUGUUUCACCCUGAAGAGAUACGAAAGUGCACCAGCAAUAACCCAGAUGGUUGGUGGUCUCUGGGACAGAUUUCAAACAAGAUCAUUCCUGGCACCCAUCAAACCAGUCAAUUUUGUGAGUCCAAGUUCUAGAAGUAAAUAUAUUCCUCUAUAUACUGGUCAUGUGCAGUCCACAAAUGCUGAUGACGUGGACAACCCCUUUGGAGACAUCACGUCUCUUGCCAAGCCUCGGCGCUCUAAGCCUCACUACACCAACACGGGCCGUGCUGCAAAUAUCCCGGGAUAUACUGGCAAGGUUCAUUUCACAGCCACCCACCCAGCAAAUUCUAAUAUUCCACCAACAACCCCAUCUCCAGACUCAAACCUGCACUGUGUCUUGCGGAAAGAAAUGAAAGUUGACAUCUUCCGGCACCAGGCGCCGCUGUCUCGGAUGGUCACGACAGUGAGGCCCUACAACCCCUUCAACAGGAAGGAGAAAGAAACCGUAGGCUACUGA